ACUCUCCAGGAGAAUUAUCAUCUAGAAGAUGAGGAAACAUACACACUUUUUAAAGACUUUCAAGUGACAGUUGAUUUGGGUCUUGUCGUUUGGACAUUUUUGGCCCGGAGACGGUGUGGAGCUGUCUUACAGAUGGAGGGAAGAGUGUGAUAUGGGAAAAUGCCCAAGGAGCAGGAGUUAAUAGGUAGGACACGUUGUAGUGUGUGAGGCGACUCUGGAAUCCAGACACUUGGCCUCACCCUUAACUCCCAACGAUAGUUUUGUAUCUCCGUCUGCUUGCUAGACAGUUCUGCUUGGAAGUCUUGUCAUCAUCUCAAACUCAACUUUUCUAAAAUUCAUCUUACCUUCUUUCCAAGAUUUAAUGAUGCUUUGCAGCAAUUUUCUAAAUCUGAAAUUUUCUGUGCCUGGGGAUCCCAGAAUUUGCUAAGCGAUGGAGGAAUCUCAGCAAAAUGAUCUGAAUAUGAUGACCCUUGAGGAAGAUGACCAUCUCAAGAGUACCGGCCCUCAGAUUUCUGUUAGUGAAUUUUCCUGUCACUGCUGUUAUGACAUCCUGGUUAACCCCACCACCUUGAACUGUGGGCACAGCUUCUGCCGGCACUGUCUGGCUUUAUGGUGGACCUCUUCGAAGAAAACAGAGUGUCCAGAAUGCAGAGAAAAAUGGGAAGGUUUCCCCAAAGUCAAUAUUCUCCUCAGGGAUGCCAUUGAAAAAUUAUUUCCUGAUGCCAUUAGAAUGCGAUUUGAAGACAUUCAGCAGAAUAAUGACAUAGUCCAGAGUCUUGCAGCCUUUCAGAAGUAUGGAAAUGAUCAGAUUCCUUUAGCUCCCAACACUGGCCGAGUGAAUCAGCAGAGAGGGGGCGGAUUCUUUUCCGGAGUGCUCACAGCUUUAACUGGUGUGGCAGUGGUCCUGCUCGUGUCUCACUGGAGCAGCAGGGAAUCUGAGCACGACCUUCUGGUCCACAAGCCUGUGGCCAAAUGGACGGCAGAAGAAGUUGUCCUCUGGCUGGAGCAGCUGGGCCCUUGGGCCUCUCUCUACAAAGACAGAUUUUUAUCUGAAAGAGUAAAUGGAAGAUUGCUUUUAACUCUGACAGAGGAAGAAUUUUCAAGGGCGCCAUAUACCAUAGAAAGUAGCAGCCACAGAAGAGCCAUCCUCAUGGAACUGGAGCGUGUCAAAGCACUAGGCGUGAAACCUCCCCAGAAUCUCUGGGAAUAUAAGGCCGUGAACCCGGGCAGGUCCCUGUUCCUGCUGUACGCCCUCAAGAGUUCCCCCCGACUCGGGCUGCUGUACCUCUACCUGUUCGACUACACCGACACCUUCCUCCCCUUCAUCCACACCAUCUGCCCGCUACCGGAAGACGGCUCCGGGGAGGACCUCAUCACCAAGCUGCUGGAUCUCAGAGAACCCACAUGGAAGCAGUGGAGAGAAUUCCUCGUCAAGUACUCCUUCCUUCCGUACCAGCUGAUUGCUGAAUUUGCUUGGGACUGGCUGGAGGUCCAUUACUGGACAUCCCGCUUUCUCAUCGUCAACGCCAUGUUACUCUCAGUUCUGGAGUUAUUCUCCUUUUGGAGGAUCUGGUCAAGAAGUGAACUGAAGACUGUGCCUCAGAGGAUGUGGAGCCAUUUUUGGAAGGUAUCAACACAGGGUCUUUUUGUGGCCAUGUUCUGGCCCCUCAUUCCUCAGUUUGUUUGCAACUGUUUAUUUUACUGGGCCCUGUACUUUAACCCAAUUAUUAACAUCGAUCUCGUGGUCAGGGAAGUCCGACGACUGGAAACCCAAGUGUUGUGACUGGCACUGCCCAGGCUCUGAGGGACUCUUCCAGCCUCCCUGACGUCUGAGGUUUGAUGCCUAGGGUGGCUGGAGGUGGGGGGGCACUUAAGGUAGCGGAUUUCCUAUUUUCUGCCCUAGUAAACAAGGUGCUGCUUUGUCUGUCAAAGGGUGCGGCCAGGUCCUCUCUCCCUCUGCCUGUGGCAUCGUGGCAGCAGGGACUGACAUCCCAGAGCUAGGACAACACAGCAGCCACACCUCCCACCCAGCUGCCUUCCUCACAGGGACUUAGGAGGCCCCGGCCACGACGGCUGGCAAGGACCCAGGGUCCUCAGAGGAUGCGAUGUGUGCGACAUGAGAAGGCUGCUACGUCAGCAGUGCCGCUUGCCCUAACAUCGGUGACUGACAAAGACUCCCAGGGCAAGGUGGAGCCCUGAUCUGAGACCAGGCUUGUUGGGGCCAGGCCUGUCCUCUAAGUCAACUUUAGGGAAACAGAAGAUUUUGUCAUAGGCAUAGGCACAUAAAAAAUAAGGAAAAACCCCAGUCUGCUCGACGAUCCUGUCUUCUUGACGAGUUGCUAGAACGGUUCAGAGUUCACCCUCUGGAAGGAUUCCGUCUAGACUAGUUGAUGGAUAGCCUCGUCGUCACUGGCGUCCACGUGUAAUUGUUGAAAGCUUGCAUCGCUUCUCUGAGUAGGGGACUGAGGGGGACAUCAGGCAGUUAAUGGAAGGUAAUUCACAGCAGCCUGAGCUGCCUCAGUGCUACUUAAAAUUGUUUUGGGGUUUGUUUUUAAGAAUUGAAUGUGUAAAAUAAAUUCCAGGAUAAUCCUUCUGUUCAAGGAAACAUUUUGUACGUUGACCUCACACUGUAUAAUCUUUACUGUCCUGUUCUCAUGUAUAAAACAGCAAGUAUGAUUACGCUGA